GGGCGGCGAUGGCCGGCGGCGGGCGCGCCCCGGGGCAGCCCGGCUGAGGCUCCCGGCCCCGUGAUGCGCAUCCCUGCAGGACCUGAGCGCCGCAGCCCGAGGCCACAGCCCGUCAUGCUUCUGCCACACCUGAGCCCACGGGCGCUGCCGCCGCCACUGCUUUUGCUGCUGCUGCUGCUGCUGCUGCUGGGGGCCGCGCCCCGGGCGGGCGGGGGUCCACAGCCCCCUUUCCGCACCUUCACGGCCAGUGACUGGGCCCUCACCCACCUGGUGGUCCACGAGCAGACGGGCGAGGUGUACGUGGGCGCCGUGAACCGCAUCUACAAGCUGUCGGGGAACCUGACGCUGCUGCGGGCGCACGUGACGGGCCCCGUGGAGGACAAUGAGAAGUGCUACCCUCCGCCCAGCGUGCAGUCCUGCCCGCACGGCUUGGGCAGCACCGACAACGUCAAUAAGCUGCUGCUGCUGGACCAGGCCGCCAACCGCCUGCUGGCCUGCGGCAGCGCCUCACAGGGCAUCUGCCAGUUCCUGCGGCUGGACGACCUCUUCAAGUUGGGCGAGCCGCACCACCGCAAGGAGCACUACCUGUCGGGCGUGCGCGAGGCGGGCAGCAUGGCGGGCGUGCUGAUCGCCGGGGCUCCUGGGCAGGCGCAGGCCAAGCUCUUCGUGGGCACGCCCAUCGACGGCAAGUCCGAGUACUUCCCCACGCUGUCCAGCCGCCGCCUCAUGGCCGACGAGGAGGACGCCGAGAUGUUCGGCUUUGUGUACCAGGACGAGUUCGUGUCCUCGCAGCUGAAGAUCCCCUCGGACACGCUGUCCAAGUUCCCGGCCUUCGACAUCUACUACGUCUACAGCUUCCGCAGCGAACACUUCGUGUACUACCUCACCCUGCAGCUGGACACGCAGCUGACCUCGCCCGACGCCGCCGGCGAGCACUUCUUCACGUCCAAGAUCGUGCGGCUGUGCGUGGACGACCCCAAGUUCUACUCCUACGUCGAGUUCCCCAUCGGCUGCGAGCAGGCGGGCGUGGAGUACCGCCUGGUGCAGGACGCCUACCUGAGCCGGCCUGGCCGCGCCCUGGCCCGCCAGCUGGGCCUGGCCGAGGACGAGGAUGUGCUGUUCACCGUGUUUGCCCAGGGCCAGAAGAACCGCGUGAAGCCGCCCCGGGAGUCGGUGCUGUGCCUGUUCACCCUCAGGGCCAUCAAGGAAAAGAUCAAGGAGCGCAUCCAGUCCUGCUACCGCGGCGAGGGCAAGCUGUCGCUGCCCUGGCUGCUCAACAAGGAGCUGGGCUGCAUCAACUCGCCCCUCCAGAUCGACGACGACUUCUGCGGGCAGGACUUCAACCAGCCGCUGGGCGGCACGGUCACCAUCGAGGGGACACCCCUUUUCGUGGACAAGGACGACGGCCUGACCGCCGUGGCCGCCUACGACUACCGGGGCCGCACCGUGGUGUUCGUGGGCACGCGCAGUGGCCGUAUCCGCAAGAUGCUGGUGGACCUGGCGAACCCCGGCGACCGGCCGGCCCUGGCCUACGAGAGCGUGGUGGCCCAAGAGGGCAGCCCCAUCCUGCGUGACCUGGUCCUCAGCCCCGACCGCCGGUACCUGUACGCCAUGACGGAAAAGCAGGUGACUCGGGUGCCCGUGGAGAGCUGUGUGCAGUACACGUCGUGUGAGCUGUGUCUGGGGUCACGGGACCCCCACUGCGGCUGGUGUGUCCUGCACAGCAUCUGCUCCCGCCGGGACGCCUGCGAGCGGGCGGCCGAGCCCCAGCGCUUCGCCGCGGAGCUGCUACAGUGCGUACAGCUGACCGUGCAGCCCCGCAACGUGUCCGUGACCACGUUUCAGGUUCCGCUUGUGCUGCAGGCCUGGAAUGUGCCCGACCUCUCGGCCGGCGUCAACUGCUCCUUCGAGGACUUCACUGAGUCCGAGGGCGUCCUGGAGGAUGGCCGGAUUCACUGCCACUCUCCCUCUGCGCGGGACGUGGCGCCCAUCACGCGGGGCCAGGGAGACCAGCGGGUGGUCAAGCUCUACCUGAAGUCCAAGGAGACGGGCAUGAAGUUCGCGUCCGUGGACUUCGUCUUCUACAACUGCAGCGUCCACCAGUCCUGCCUGUCCUGCGUCAGCGGCUCCUUCCCCUGCCACUGGUGCAAGUACCGCCACGUGUGCACACACAACGCCGCCGACUGUGCCUUCCUGGAGGGCCGCGUCCAUGUGUCCGAGGACUGCCCGCAGAUCCUGCCCUCCACCCAGAUCUACGUGCCGGUGGGCGUGGUGAAGCCCAUCACCCUGGCCGCGCGGAACCUGCCGCAGCCGCAGUCGGGCCAGCGGGGCUAUGAGUGCCUGUUCCACCUCCCGGGGGGCCCGGCCCGCGUCGCCGCCCUGCGCUUCAACAGCUCCAGCCUGCAGUGCCAGAACUCCUCGUACUCCUACGAGGGCAGCGACGUCAGUGACCUGCCCGUGAACCUGUCUGUGGUGUGGAACGGCCACUUCGUCAUCGACAACCCGCAGAACAUCCAGGCCCACCUGUACAAGUGCCCGGCCCUGCGGGAGAGCUGCGGUCUCUGCCUCAAGGCCGACCCUCGCUUCGAGUGCGGCUGGUGUGUGGCCGAGCGCCGCUGUUCCCUGCGCCCCCACUGCCCCGCAGACUCGCCCGCCGCCUGGAUGCACGCCCGCCACGGCAGCAGCCGCUGCGCCGACCCCAAGAUCCUCAAGCUGUCCCCUGAGACGGGCCCGCGGCAGGGAGGCACGCGGCUCACCAUUGCGGGCGAGAACCUGGGGCUGCGCUUUGAGGACGUGAGGUUGGGCGUGCGCGUGGGCAAGGUGCUGUGCAGCCCCGUGGAGAGCGAGUACAUCAGCGCUGAGCAGAUCGUCUGCGAGAUCGGGGACGCCAGCGCCAUGCGGGCCCACGACGCCUUGGUGGAGGUGUGCGUGCGGGACUGCUCCCCACACUACCGCGCCCUGUCACCCAGGCGCUUCACCUUCGUGACGCCGACCUUCUACCGAGUGAGCCCUGCCCGCGGGCCCCUUUCGGGGGGCACCUGGAUCGGCAUCGAGGGUAGCCACCUGAACGCAGGCAGCGACGUGGCUGUGUCUGUCGGCGGCCGGCCCUGCUCCUUUUCCUGGAGGAAUUCCCGGGAGAUCCGAUGCCUGACGCCCCCCGGGCAGAGCCCCGGCAGUGCCCCCAUCGUCAUCAACAUCAACCGCGCUCAGCUCACCAACCCCGAGGUCAAAUACAACUACACUGAGGACCCCACCAUCCUGAGGAUCGACCCCGAGUGGAGCAUCAACAGCGGAGGGACCCUCCUAACGGUCACGGGCACCAACCUGGCCACCGUCCGCGAACCCCGCAUCCGGGCCAAGUACGGGGGCAUCGAGAGGGAGAACAGCUGCCUAGUGUACAACGACACCACCAUGGUGUGCCGGGCCCCGUCGGUGAACAACCCUGCCCGCAGCCCGCCCGAGCUGGGCGAGCGGCCGGACGAGCUGGGGUUUGUCAUGGACGACGUCCGGGCCUUGCUGGUGCUCAACGCCUCCACCUUCCUCUACUACCCGGACCCUGUGCUGGAGCCGCUCAGCCCCACCGGCCUCCUGGAGCUGAAGCCCAGCUCGCCCCUCAUCCUCAAGGGCCGCCACCUCCUGCCGCCAGCGCCUGGCAACUCUCGGCUCAACUACACGGUGCUCAUCGGCUCCACGCCCUGCGCCCUCACCGUGUCGGAGACGCAGCUGCUCUGCGAGUCGCCCAACCUCACCGGGCAGCACAAGGUCACGGUCCGGGCCGGCGGCUUCGAGUUCUCGCCGGGGGUGCUGCAGGUGUACUCGGACAGCCUGCUGACGCUGCCCGCCAUCGUGGGCAUCGGCGGGGGCGGGGGCCUGCUGCUGCUGGUGAUCGUAGCCGUGCUUAUCGCCUACAAGCGCAAGUCGCGGGACGCCGACCGCACCCUCAAGCGCCUGCAGCUGCAGAUGGACAACCUGGAGUCCCGCGUGGCCCUCGAGUGCAAGGAAGCCUUUGCGGAGCUGCAGACGGACAUCCACGAGCUGACCAACGACCUGGACGGUGCCGGCAUCCCGUUCCUCGACUACCGCACGUACGCCAUGCGGGUCCUCUUCCCCGGCAUCGAGGACCACCCGGUGCUCAAGGAGAUGGAGGUGCAGGCUAACGUGGAGAAGUCGCUGACGCUGUUCGGGCAGCUGCUGACCAAGAAGCACUUCCUGCUGACCUUCAUCCGCACGCUGGAGGCCCAGCGCAGCUUCUCCAUGCGGGACCGCGGCAACGUGGCCUCGCUCGUCAUGACGGCCCUGCAGGGCGAGAUGGAGUACGCCACGGGCGUGCUCAAGCAGCUGCUGUCCGACCUCAUCGAGAAGAACCUGGAAAGCAAGAACCACCCGAAGCUGCUGCUGCGGCGGACUGAGUCGGUGGCAGAGAAGAUGCUGACCAACUGGUUCACCUUCCUUCUGUACAAGUUCCUCAAGGAGUGCGCCGGGGAGCCUCUCUUCAUGCUCUACUGCGCCAUCAAGCAGCAGAUGGAGAAGGGCCCCAUUGACGCCAUCACGGGCGAGGCGCGCUACUCCCUGAGCGAGGACAAGCUCAUCCGCCAGCAGAUCGACUACAAGACGCUGACCCUGAACUGCGUGAACCCCGAGAACGAGAACGCACCCGAGGUGCCGGUGAAGGGGCUGAACUGCGACACGGUGACGCAGGUCAAGGAGAAGCUGCUGGAUGCCGUGUACAAGGGCGUGCCCUACUCCCAGCGGCCCAAGGCUGGGGACAUGGACCUGGAGUGGCGCCAGGGCCGCAUGGCCCGCAUCAUCCUGCAAGAUGAGGACGUCACCACCAAGAUCGAUAACGACUGGAAGAGGCUGAACACGCUGGCGCACUACCAGGUGACGGAUGGGUCCUCGGUGGCCCUGGUGCCCAAGCAGACAUCCGCCUACAAUAUCUCCAACUCGUCCACCUUCACCAAGUCCCUCAGCAGAUAUGAGAGCAUGCUGCGCACCGCCAGCAGCCCCGACAGCCUGCGCUCGCGCACGCCCAUGAUCACGCCCGACCUGGAGAGCGGCACCAAGCUGUGGCACCUGGUCAAGAACCACGACCACCUGGACCAGCGCGAGGGCGACCGUGGCAGCAAGAUGGUUUCCGAGAUCUACCUGACGCGGCUGCUGGCCACCAAGGGCACGCUGCAGAAGUUCGUGGACGACCUCUUCGAGACCAUCUUCAGCACCGCGCACCGGGGCUCGGCCUUGCCGCUGGCUAUCAAGUACAUGUUCGACUUCCUGGAUGAGCAGGCCGACCAGCACCAGAUCCACGACGCGGACGUGCGCCACACCUGGAAGAGCAACUGCCUGCCCCUGCGCUUCUGGGUGAACGUGAUCAAGAACCCGCAGUUCGUCUUCGACAUCCACAAGAACAGCAUCACGGACGCCUGCCUGUCGGUGGUGGCCCAGACCUUCAUGGACUCCUGCUCCACGUCUGAGCACAAGCUGGGCAAGGACUCGCCGUCCAACAAGCUGCUCUACGCCAAGGACAUCCCCAACUACAAGAGCUGGGUGGAGAGGUACUACGCGGACAUCGCCAAGAUGCCCGCCAUCAGCGACCAGGACAUGAGCGCGUACCUGGCUGAGCAGUCGCGGCUGCACCUGAGCCAGUUCAAUAGCAUGAGUGCCCUGCACGAGAUCUACUCCUACAUCAGCAAGUACAAGGACGAGAUCCUGACGGCCCUGGAGAAGGACGAGCAGGCGCGGCGUCAGCGGCUCCGGAGCAAGUUGGAGCAGGUGGUGGACACCAUGGCCCUGAGCAGCUGAGCCAUCGGCCACCACUGCCUGGCCAGCAGGAGAGUGAGAGGGUCCUCAGGGGCGGCCCCUGUGCAGCAGCCAAAGCUGGGAGGUCCACGGAGGCAGCCUUGCCCCAACCAUGCCAGGUGCCCUGCGCUGGGGGCCGGGUGUGCAGUCCUGGACCCCUCGCCGCCCCGUCCCCUUCCCGCCUGUGGGGGUCCCGGUUCUUAAUUGGUGUGGGUGAGACGGUGCCUGCAGCACCCUCCACGCCCAGAGCUGCUCGCCGUGGGGCUGGGGAGCCCAGGUGUGGCUGGGGGCCUUCUCAGGACAGUGGGUGACUGCUGAGGCCCCGGGGGGGAGGCAGGAGUCCUCCUGUAGGGACAGGUUGGGCUGCCGAGGCCAGGAGGGCCAGGCCCAGGGGCUGGGAGGGGGUCAGCUGUGCCCGGCUCCCUAGGCAGAGUCUGAGGGCUGGGGCGUGGCUGGCGGCCGGGCGGGAAGGCUGAAUGCCCAGGGCCCAGCCACGGUGAGCUGAAGUCGGUCCAGGCGUCACCACCCACCUGCCACGUUCCGGCCACCCCACACUCACCAGUGCGCCACCACCGCCAUCCUCCGAUUCACCGCGUGCUCUCCGCGGCCGAGGCCAGGGCGCCACGUCGACCUCGCCCAGAGAGAGGCCCCCGGCCCCCUCCUAUGGAGGGGCUGCAGGACGGCUCCACGCAGGGCCCAAGUGACCUCCAGAAGGACUCGGAUCCCGUUCCGUCCUCAGGGCUGUGCCUCUGGGAGCCGCUGGGGCCUGGGGCUCCGGGUCAUACGUGCACGUUCCCCUUAUUUAUUCCCCCCACCGCGCCCGCCCCUGUCCCGGGCUGAGCUCUCGGCUGUGGAGGUCCCGGGAGCAGCCCCGAGCACCCUCCUCCCCCCUCCCCGGCCCCCACCCGCCUCCCAGCGGCGUCAGUCUGGCCCCUCAGCAGCGUGCUGGCCCCUCGGAGUGGAGGGACAUCUGGGGGCUGUUGCUCGUCUUUUAGGGGAGCAAGGGGGUCCUGCUGUGCUCUGCUUGGGCAGCGGGGCCAUGGGGGCCUCGGACCACACCCACUGGCCUGGCCGGGAGCAGGACACAGUGACCGGGGGGCCUGCAGAGCCGGUCUGCCCAUCCUGCUCUCAGCGAGCGAAACAGCGCGUUUUUAAUUAAAAAAUCUGUACAUAUAUAUCCA